GGAGAGAAAGAGUGUGUGUAGGACAUCUCCCAUGGUGUUUCAGACUAGAAGAAGUUGCAGACCUGCAGCAUUCUCAAUGUUGAUUCUCUAUAUUACAGCAAUAAUAAUGAGAUGUUUGCUACUGGUACUACUUCUCUUGGUAAGCAGUGUAGAUGGAGGUGCAAGUGCUUCGUGCCUCAGCAGUCAAGCCUCCAUUCUGCUGCGUAUCAAGGAGGAUCUCUACCUAUCCAAUGGAAGGCUAAGUUCAUGGGGUGCAAAUGAGUCUGACUGCUGCUCGUGGGAGGGAGUUGAGUGUGAUUCCCGCACUGGAUACACCAUUGGCCUUGAACUUCUCGGUAAUGAUAUGGUUGAUGGGAGCAAGUGGAAUAGUGAUAUUGCAGGAUCAAUAAUACCUCCGGCUCUUUUUGAUCUCCACCUGCUCCAGCACCUUGACCUCAGUGGUUGUGACUUCGGUAUGUCUAUCAUGCCUUCACAACUUGCUCAGCUCACCCACUUGACUCAUCUCAAUCUCUCUAGUAAUUGGUUUUUCGGCGAGGUACCAAACGAGAUUUCAAGCUUGUCUAAUUUAGUUGCUUUAGACCUUUCCGAUAGCGGCCUCUUGGAAAUACAUGAUCUGGAAGGCUUCGUGAAGAACUUCAAGCAACUAAAAUACCUCCACUUGGAUUAUGUCAUAUGUAAUCUCAACAACUCGCAGGAGUGGGGAGCCAACUUAGCAUCCGCACUGCCGAAUCUACAGUCCCUUAGUUUAGCUUGUUGUAAUAUUGAAGGAAGCCUCACUCCACAUAUUUUCAUGCUCCCACAUCUUCAAGCUCUUGAUCUAUCAAACAAUACUUUUCAUGGGGAAUUAAUGCAGUCAUUUUUCCCCCCAGAGAGCAAGCUUCAAUCUUUAAUUCUACGUCAGAACAACUUGUCCGGCCUCCUACCAAAUGAAAUUUUUGAACUUCCUCUCUUGAAGGUUCUUGAUGUGGGAGACAAUGAGUUAUUGAGGGUUCCAUUACCAACCAAAUUACCAUCGAGCAAGCUCAAAAUUCUUAAUCUUGGUGGCAUUGAGUUCUUAGGAGACGUUCUUCGUGCUUGGAUUGUUAAUCUCACAUCCUUAGUAGAGUUAAAACUUUCUAACACCAAUCUGUCAGGUAGUCUUCCUUUUUCAAUAGCAAAUCUCAUAGCUUUAACUCACCUAGACCUAAGUCAAACUAGAUUGUCAAGUUGCAUAAACUCCUUAUUGUUUGCCAACCUCACUCGACUAACUUACCUUGACCUUUCUAAAAACAGUUUCAGUGGCUUCUUACCAUCUUUACCCCACUCUCUCUGUGAUGUCAAACUCAACAACAAUCAUUUUAGUGGCCCGAUCCCAAAUUCAAUCAAUCUUCUUAAUAUGGAAAGGUUGGACCUUUCUUACAACUCCUUUGUAGGAACAUUUCCUUCUAGUUUAUUUCAAGAACCAUCUUUUGCACAAUCUCCACUUGAAUCCCUUGACCUUUCAAACAACAAAUUUGAUGGCUACCUCGACCUUGGAAUUUUUGCAAACUUCAAAAAGCUUUCCUCAUUGUCACUUUCUGGAAAUAAUUUGACUGUAGGCAUUGACAACCCCACCCUCAAGCUUCCAAGUCUAGAAUAUUUGAGCUUGGCCUCGUGCAACAUCAACCAGUUCCCUCGAUUUCUUUGUUAUCACAAGUCCAUUGUUGAUUUGGACCUCUCACAGAACAUGAUCACUGGGAAAAUUCCAAAAUGGUUAAAUGUUUCUAGGACUUUGAACAUAUCUGGCAACAUGAUAACAGGCAUCGAGACAGGGGUUGUUCUCGACGUUCUAGCUAUUGAUUUGAGUUAUAAUAUGUUGAAUAGCUUUCUAAGUUCUGAGUCUUUUGAUGGUUUGAUGUAUCUUUCAAUCAAGAAUAAUAGUGUGACCGGAGAAAUACCAGCUUCCUUGUGCAACCUCACUAAACUUUGGUUGGUUGACUUAUCAAACAACAAGUUCAGUGGCCGGAUACCUGCUUGCCUCUUUAACUUGAGUUUGGUGAUAGUGAAGCUCCAGAACAAUCAGUUGCAAGGACAAAUCCCAGAGGUUACUGACAACACAAGAGAUUUUUUGCAAGUACUCGAUUUAAGUGAAAACAAGUUAGAAGGUCAUAUCCCUAAAUCCCUUGGUCACUGCGAAGUGCUUGCAUUCAUAAAUUUAGGGAAAAAUAAAUUAAGUGGUGACUUCCCUUCAUGGCUUUCAAAGCUGCCAAAACUAAGAAUUCUUGUGUUAAGGUCUAACUUUCUUGGUGGUGAUAUUAACUUCUCUUUUGACGAGAGUGCUUUCCAAGGACUGCUCAUGCUUGACAUCUCUACCAACCAAUUUAGCGGAAAACUUCCAAAUAGCUUGUUGUUAAGUCUCAAUGCAAUGAAGACUUUCGGCAUAUCACUUGCUCGUAAGGAUGGGGUUCUUACUAUGGGUUUUGGUACCGCAUGGCAAGUGGCAAUGACAGUCAAAGGAGCAACAUUAAGUUACCAAGCUGAAAUUUGGUUCCUCAUGAACUCAAUUGACCUUUCUAACAACUACUUUGAAGGUGAAAUUCUUGAAGGGAUUGGAGACCUUAAAUGGCUCCAAGCACUAAGAAUUUCUAACAACAAGCUUACAGGGUCAAUUCCAAAGAACUUUGGUGGCCUCCAACAACUAGAAUCACUAGAUCUGUCUCAUAACCACCUUUCAGGUGAAAUACCAGAAGAACUUACUAAACUGAAUUUUCUUGAGUAGCUGAAUCUGUCAUAUAACAACCUUGUUGGAAGAAUCCCUCAAUCACUACAAUUUUCCACCUUCGACGCUGGGAGCUUCGAAGGGAAUGCAAAACUUGGUGGCCCUCCACUCUCGCUGCCCUGUGAAGCCAACAACAGCACCAGAUCAAUUCCUUCUUUUGAACCAAGGGAAGCAAAUGAAGAGCGGAUGUGGAAAUACACAUCGGUGGCACUAGGUUUUGGUGUAGGUUUCGGCACAGCAAUAAGCUUCUCAUUUUUUCUAAAUAAUGGAAGGGGCUUCAAUAUCUUUUGGAGAAGGUGCUACUGGCGUUGGGCUUAAUCUAGACGCAGGAUCAUGAAGGCUUAUAGCCGAAGCUAGAGGCAACACGGUGAGAGUGACAAAGGUUUUCAGGCAGCUACUUUUUCAUUCUUAUGCAGGUGCGCCUCUGACUCAAUUAGAAGUUCAGGGAAAUGUGACAGUUGACAAAGCUCAACUUUGUAGUGUGUUUUGCCAUCAUUAAAUGUAAAAGCCAUUGCAUGUUGACGUAUAAUUCAUGGUGGUGUUAA